AUGGCGGUGACUGGUAACAAGCGAGGCCAUGCAGGCAACAUCGCAUUCGCGAGCGUCGACGGCGCGAGGAAGAAGAAAUGCGUCGAUAUCCACUCGCUGCUUACCGUCACGAAACCGUUGUCUGCUCGGGCUGUAAGCCACGCAGCCAAGAAACAGACAGAUUAUAGAAACUCGUCAGGCAGCAUUCCCGUGAAAUCAAGCGAGAAUUGCAACGGGAAUGGCGCCGGACGCGGAAUUGCACAGACGCGACUUGCUAUAGAAAGAGGAGGGCUUGGCGACAAGACGACGUGGACGUUCAGACCCGCUUCGGAGGCACGUGAGAGGGCGAGUAGGAACAACCGUGGAUCCGCAAACGACGCCGGAGAACAGCGAGUGGUGGAACUGGCAGAAGAUGACGACGAGCUGUACGAAGAUGCAGACGAUGUUACCGAGUUACACGACCUGCAUGCGAUCAGAGAAGCCGGAUCGUCGCAGGACGACAAGGACACCGACGAUGAAAACGAGGAUAACAGCGACGAUCAGAACGAGGGGGGCUCUGACGAUGAAAUCGAGGAGGAUGUGGAGGAGGUGACGGUUGUGGAAGGAAAGGUGCGAGGGGAGAAGCAGCAGCUUCACAGAAGCGAACGCUCUGAGCCGCCUGCAGACGCUGGGCUGGACGAUCUGAAGUGCCACGUGUGCGGCCGGGAAGACGGCGAAGACGAAAUGCUUGUGUGCGACGGACGUCGGUGCAACCGUGGUUACCACCUCUGGUGCCUGCGACCAAUCCUCGUCGCCGUGCCUCUCGGCCAAUGGUUCUGCCCCGACUGUCGCCGUCCAGCCAAAAUCAGAGAAUUCCCCCUGGUGCAGAGCUCAAUCGCCGACUUCUUCCGCAUUCAGCGCCCCCCUGGCCCCUCACCUGAGAAAACACCUGCCGCGGCCGGCGGAAGCGCCGCCAAACCCGAUGAACCCCCUGCAAGUAGGACACUCGGAAAGAAACCUGUCGUGGCCGUGAGCAGCGAGGGAGAUGGCAGCGCGCAGAGCAGCGGAGUUACCACACGGCGAUCGGAGCACAGCCGACAAGCAUCAAGCGGUGUCGUACUAGGUGCUGGUGUUUCAGCGGCUGAGGAUGGUAGGAAUGGAAUCAGCGGCAGCUUAGACGCUGACUCUAGGAGCGUAGGAGCUGGUAAGACUCGCAGCGUAGCUGCUGCUAGGAUUAAUGUAGGCGGUAGAACUAGAAACGUAGCUAUUGGGGCGCGGUUCGUGGAUGGGUUGGAAUACCCCUUUAAAGCCGUGCCUAGGGGUAUGAACGAGCCGGGAAGGGAGGUGGGGGGGAUGCAGGUGCUGAGCCGGGAGAACGUGGGUGUUUUGGAGCGGUGCAAAGAGAUGUGGAGGAGUGGGGCGCCUCCACCACUGAUUGUCAAGCACGACCCUUGCCAAGGUUUUGUAGUGGAAGCGGAUGCGCCUAUAGCGGAUCGGACAAUCGUCACGGAGUAUGGGGGGGUGGUUGACAGCAUGGCGCGGAGGCGACACGAUCCAUGCGAUGCCAUGAUGGGGUUACUGUUCACGGGGCGGGAUAAGACGGAUCUUGUCAUCUGCCCGGAUGAGGCGGCAAACUUUGCACGGUUCAUCUCGGGAAUCAACAACCACACCAAGGAGGGUCGCAGGAAGAUCAACCUGCGCUGUGUGCGCUUCAGUGUGAAUGGGGAGGCGCGGGCUCUGCUGAUUGCCACGAGGCGAAUUGCCAAGGGCGAGAGGCUUUACUACGAUUACAACCGGUUGGUGCAUGAAUACCCCACCAUGCACUUCGAAUGA